GUUCUUGCCUUGUUUUAUUUUGUUCUUUUUUAUCUCCUUAAUUAAUCAUCAACAGAGACCACAAAUAGACAUGGAGAAUGGUCAUGUUAAACAAUCAUCAGGAUCUGAGAAACGUAUAACCAUUCAUGACUGUGCUCAGUUGGGGGAUAUUGAUCGGUUUCAGAAGCUACUUCAGGAUAAUCCAUCUCUUCUCAAAGAAAGAAAUGCAUUUAUGUCGGAGACACCCCUUCAUGUUUCUGCUAGUAACAACAAGACAGAAAUUGUGAAAUUUCUGCUUGAAUGGAAAGGAGAUGAUAAAAUUGACUUGGAAGCGAAAAAUAUGCAUGAAGUCCUAGAAACUGAAAGCUUUAGAUGCAGAAGAGAAGAACAUUUGCAAGAGUCAAACUGA